AUGUGCUCCAGAAACACCUCCGGAGGCUGCCAUGGAAUGUCCUCCCAGUCCAGUGGAUGCCACAGAGGGGGCUCAAGCUGCCAUGGAGGCAGCUCCUCUGGCCACCAGGCACAGGGCUCCUCCUGCUGUGGGGGCUCCAGCUCAGGCAGCUGGGGUGGGGGCAGCAGUGGCUCUGGCAAGAUCAUCAUCAGCUCUGGUGGUGGAGGAGGUGGAUCCUGCUGUAGUGGGGGAUCCAGUGGUGGCAUGGGAGGAGGAUCCAGUGGUGGGUCUUGGGGAUCAAAGACCAUCAUGGGAGGUGGAGACAGUGGAGGAUCCUCUGGGUGCUGUGGUGGGAGCUCCAGUGGUGGCAUGGGAGGAGGAUCUAGUGGUGGGUCUUGGGGAUCAAAGACUAUAAUUGGAGGUGGAUCCAGUGGAGGAUCAUCUGGAUGCUGUGGUGGGGGAUCCAGUGGUGGCAUGGGAGGAGGAUCUAGUGGUGGGUCUUCAGGAGGCCAGAUUAUCAUUGGAGGUGGAAGCAGUGGAGGAUCCUCUGGGUGCUGUGGUGGGAGCUCCAGUGGUGGCAUGGGAGGAGGAUCCAGUGGUGGGUCUUGGGGAUCAAAGACUAUAAUUGGAGGUGGAAGCAGUGGAGGAUCCUCUGGAUGCUGUGGUGGGGCAUCAGGUGGUGGCAUGGGAGGAGGAUCUAGUGGUGGGUCUUCAGGAGGCCAGAUUAUCAUUGGAGGUGGAGGGUCCUCUGGAUGCUGUGGUGGUGGAUCCAGUGGUGGCAUGGGAGGAGGAUCCUGUGGUGGGUCUUCGGGAGGCCAGAUCAUCAUUGGAGGUGGAAGCAGUGGAGGAUCCUCUGGGUGCUGCAGUGGAGGAUCCGGUGGCGGCAGCGGUGGUUCCUCAGGCCAUGCAAUCAUCAUCAGCUCUGGAGGGGGCAGUGGAGGGUCCACACAGCAGAAAUGCCCCAUCGUCAUUCCCCACAUCGAGUCCCAUCAGACCAAGCAGACCUGCCACUGGUCCCCUUGCCACCAGAAGUAA